UUGAAACACCAAUUUUUGCCCAAUUGAGAAAGAGGACAGACUUUAAUACAAACAUGACUGAUGACGAGAGGCCAAAUAAGAUGAGGAAGUUGGGCCAUCUGAUGGAAGAGGAGGAUCCAGCGGCCAGCGUGGGCGCCACUCCAGCAUAUACAACGCCAAUUGAUUCUCCAGCUCCAUCGACUACGCAGGAUAUGGAGAACGUGGACUCUGAUGCCGGACCCUCCAAAUUGAGGAACCGACACCUAGACUUGGAAGAUGCAGCAGCAAGUGUAGGCGUCACGCCUUCAUACACAUCUCCCGUGGACUCUCCCGCCCCUACUGAAGACAGCGAAGCAUCCAAUGCCAGGCCAGCCAAACUCCGCAAGCUCGCUCACCUCCAAGAAGAAGAUGCAGCCAGCGUUGGCGUCACACCCUCCUACACAACACCCGUCACCCCCCCUGGUCCCGUGACCACGGACAACAGCGAGACCGCCAUCGCCGCGGAAGAAGCAAGCGGCACCACCACCACAGAUCCCGAGCCCAAGAUCUCAAAAAACCAGCUGAAGAAGCAGCGCCGCCACGAGCGCUGGGAGUCCGGUCGCGAUGACCGCAAACUCAAACGCAAAGAGAAAGCUAAGGAGAAGAAGGAACGCCGCCGCGAAGCAUGGGCUGCUGAGCAUCAGCCUGAUGACGACGGCAAUAUUCCCGACUUGCCGUCGACUAGGCCCAGUCGCAACACUGCUGGCGCUGGUACCCAGGUCCCCAUCACGGUUAUCUUUGACUGCAGCUGGGAGGAUUUGAUGUUCGAUGCUGAGCUCAAGAGCCUGGGCUUGCAGAUCACGAGGUGCUAUUCUGAUAAUCGCAAGGCGAAGUACCGGACGCACUUGGCGGUCAGCAGCUGGGGCGGCAAGAUGAAAGAGCGGUUUGAGGGAAUUUUGGGCAAUCAGCAUACGAGCUGGAAGGGUUUCAAGUUUUUUGAAGAAGACUUUGUUGAGGUCAGCAAGCAGAGUCGCGAAUGGAUGACCGCUUCAAGGGGCGGUGUUGUCGCCGGUGCCAUGAAGCCGGACUUUGUUGCAGAUGUUGAAGGAGGAGGCGAGCAGGCGCAGCCGGAGGAUAAGCCGAGUGAUGAGGAGGGCGAGAUCAUCUACCUCUCUUCGGAGUCUGAGAACACCCUCACGACACUCAAUCCGAACAGCACAUACAUCAUCGGUGGACUUGUCGACAAGAACAGACACAAAGGCGUCUGCCACAAGCGCGCCGUUGAGCGCGGAAUCAAGACAGCGAAGUUGCCCAUCGGCGAAUUCCUUGAGAUGAAGAGCAGGCAAGUUCUGGUCACAAAUCAUGUACUGGAGAUUAUGCUCAAGUGGCUCGAGUUUGGAGACUGGGGCAAGGCGUUCAUGGCUGUGCUGCCGGAAAGGAAGGGUGCGAAGCUGAGGGCUGAGACGAGCCAAGAGGGGACACCGGUUACAGAGAGCACCGAAACCGAAGAGCAGGCUGAUCAGGAGAUGAAAGAUACUGCGGGUGUCGAGGUAACGACAGCAGACACAGCGAAGGUCGGAGCGGAGGCCGCUGCUACUGCGGUUGGUGGAGAGGUUGUGCAAUAAGUGCCUAAAGCGCGAUCAUGAUCUAAUGACAACAUUCUGGCUACUCACCCUUCAUCAAGAACCUCCUCCCAACAUCCAUCCAUAGCACGUCACAGCCCCCAUCGCCUUUGACUUUUUGCGCAAGCUCAAACAAUCUUCUCCUCCGCCCGCCAUCAUUGUCAAGCCACUCCUCCUCCCCAACAUCUCUGACUCCGUCUUUGCUUACCAUGAGUCCCUUCCUCCCCUUCCUACCCUCGGCAAUAUACUCUUCGCAUGGCGCCUUCCCACUCACAACGAAAUCCAGAAUCGUGUCUCUCCACUUGCUAACCACCGGCCCAUAACUCUCUGGCAACCGGUCCUCACUUACGCCACCCAGCA